AUGCCGCCCGACACAACACCGGACAGCAAGUCUGACACUUUCACGUCCGUGCUUCCCGUCGUUGAGGAUGUGCUGGAGUGUGUGUACAACCUCGCCGAGGGCGGGGAUACGACCAUUGACGAGGUUGUGACCAAGCAGGCCCGCGAAAUCCAAGCUCAGUUGAACGGUAUGAAGGCUGCCGCGACGGCGCUUCCAGGUGGACACAUCAGCACGCAGAUGAUUGGCGAGCUGUCGAAUGUCUUCGACGCGCAGACCGCGGAGAGAAGCUUGUGA